AUGUUUUUAAUUAAACCAUCAUUAACAAUUAAAAAUAGUAAAUUAAUUUGUACAAUAAAUAAUAGAAACAUUAAUGGAUUAAUUAAUAUUACAAGAUCAUAUUCAACAACAAAUGAUGUUGUUGUUGAUGAAGAUGAAGCUAAAGAUAAGAAAUCACAUAAACAAAUGAGGAAAGAAGAAGAGAUUAGAAAAGCAAAAGAACAAGAAGAGAAUAAAGUUUAUGGUGCAUCAAGUUUAAGUUUAGUUUCAUCAGCUGAAAAAGUUGAAACUAAAAAAGUUAAUCAAAGAAGACUUUUAAAACCUAAAAACCCAAGAGAACCAAGAGAAUUUCUUGCACAUAAAAAAUUUUUACCACUUUCAUUAACUGAACAACAACAAAAAUUAAAUAUCAACAGGGAAGAUUUAAAACAACAAAUUGAUUCAAAUAAAAUUAAUAAUAUAGAUACAUUUGUUAUUGAUCUUAGAUCACCAAAAGAAUUUUAUGCUGAUUUACCAAUUAAAGUUAGUCAAAAUAUACCAAUGGAAUAUCCAAAAAUUGUUAGAGAAAUUAAUACACAUUCACAAAAAAGAGGUAAAAAAACAAAAGUUGCUGAAACUAAAAAAGUUUAUGAUGCAGAUAUGGAGUUAAACUUUUGGCAAAAGGCAUUAAAAUUAACAUCACUUCAAUGGAAAGAAAAAUAUGGUUUUGAAAAAGUAAAACCAACCGAUAAUAUCAUUUUUUAUUCAGCAAAUAAUGGUAGAGGUUCCCAAGUUGCAGAAAUGGCCCAUAAAUCUGGUUUUCCAAAUGCCAAAUUUUUAUUAGGUGGUAUUCGUCAAUGGAAUAAACAUAAUUCUCAAUAA